AUGCCUGCCUCAAACACAGCCGUCAACGGCCAUGCCGCACAGAAGCCGGGCGACAUCCCCGUCACCAGCAUCUUCUCGAGCUUCGUCGCCAAUGCGAGCACCAAAGACCUGACCCCGCACAUCCGGGACCGGCUCAAGGAGUACAUUCUCGACUUUAUCGGCGUGACCCUCGCGGCGAGCCAGUCAUCCGAGUCGACGCUGCCGUUCUGCGCGGCCGUCAAGGCCCUCGGCGGCCAGGACAACGGCUCCUGCACGGUUCUUGGCAAGGGCAAAUCCUUCACGCCCCAGUACGCGGGCCUGCUCAACGCCACGCUGGGCCAUUCGUUGGACUUUGACGACACCUACGCCAAGGGCACGCUGCACGCUGGCGUCACGGCCAUCGGCGCGGGCUUGACCCAGGCGGAACUAUUGGGCGACCAGGCGAGCAUGGACCUCUUCCUGCUAGCCGUCGCCGUCGGGUACGAAAUCACCUGUCGUCUGGGCAAGGAGCUCGGCAACGACGCCUACUCGCGCGGCUUCCACAACACCGCGACCGCAGGCAUCUUCGGCGCUGUUGCGACAAUUGCGGUCCUCAAGGGCCUGUCGGCCGAGGUCGUCGAGAAUGCAUUCGGCCUGGCCGGGUCCAAGGCCGCCGGGUCGAUGCAAUACCUCGAGAACGGGAGCUGGAACAAACGCCUCCACCCGGGCUUCGCGGUGCACGACGCGUUUGUGAGCGUGGCGCUGGCCGAGGCGGGGGUCAUCGGCGCGGCCAAGAUCUUCGAGGGCACCUUUGGGUUCCUGCACGCGUACAGCCCCAAGCCGGACAAGGACCUGGUGUACCUGACGGCGGAUCUGGGCAAGAGGUGGGAAUUCCUCGAGACGUCGCUGAAGCCGUUUCCCGCGUGCCGCAUGACGCACGGCUUCAUCGAGCACGCGGUGAAGCUGGGCCGCGACAAGGGCUGCUCCAAGGCGCAGGACGUCAAGAGCAUCACGCUGUCGCUGAGCCCGGCCAACGUGAGCGUCGUGGGCGCCCCGAUCCCCAACAAGAUCCACCCGGAGAACAUGGUCGACGCGCAGUUCUCGGCCUACUUCACCACGGCCAACAGCUUCCUGUACGGCUCCGACAACGGCGUGCGCUGCUACGAAAAGGACCGCCUCGCCGACCCGCAGAUCCGCGAGCUGUCGGACAAGAUCACCUGCGUCGGCGACUCCUCCAUCAAGGAGUUCGGCUCCAAGCUCAAAGUUGAGUACGCGAACGGCGAGGUCGCAGAGAUCGACAUCCCCUAUCCCCUCGGCGAGCUGCAGCACCCGUUCACCCGCGAGCAGGUCGACGCCAAGUUCUUCAGCCUGGUGAACCCGGUGUCUGGAGAGGAGAAGGCCAAGGCCAUCCGCGACGUGGUCAAUAGUAUCGAGAAGCACACUGUCAAAGAGUUGCUCGCUCUGUGUUGA